CGAGGCUAUGCCUAUUUGGACUCGACUGUCUGUCACGCCGAAACCAUGCAACCCUGAGAGUACAAAAAGCCCGCGGGUUACCAGCCAGAGUGCAACCUCGAAACCACUAACAUGGAAAUUUUCUUUUCUUUUCUUUUUUUUUUUCUUUGGAAAGAAUUUUUCUUUUUCUUUUUGCUUUUUUCUCCCUUUAAGGGGGGG